CAAAACAACCCCCCACCACACCUCCGCAAAGUGUCGCAAGGUCCCUGAGACAACCACUGGAAGGAUGUCUACCAGGACACUAUCGGCGAGCUCGUCAACAAGGGCCUUAGGCGUACCCUGUUUCAAUGUUCUUCGACCAAUUACCCUUCGGGGUCUCCGAACUAAGGGUAUUGCGAGCGAGAGAGGUGCUAGGGGUGUCGAGGGUGUCGAGAGUGCUGAAGGAAUCAAGGGAGGCGGGCCCAGGAUGAGGACUAUCGAGAGAAUGCCGUUCCAGACAUACCAGCUCGCCCUGGAUAUAAUCAACAAGGACCGGCAGGAAAUGCUCAAAAGAAUCAGCGAAGAGAGGGAAACAAUGAAGAAAUUGAUCAAGUAUAAAGGACUCACGCACAAAGAUCGGCGAAUCAUCUCCAUGAAGCAACAAAUUGAGAAAUGGCAGCUAUACGCUGACGCGAACAACCCGCGGGUAAAAUAUAAUUUUGAUUGUGGGAAAAUUGGGAUGAACAAGCCGAUAUACCUACAUCUUCUCGACAAGAAAUGGAGGCAGCGGAAUCGACCGAUCCUUAUGCAAAGACUUGAGACCAUGCAUGUUAUUCCAGAUGUUCUCCCAGACAUUAACCCUAUUGUCGAUGUGCGGGUGCACUUCAAAGGUAGAAAGGUCCAGCCUGGACUGGUGUUGGAUUCUUUGAUGGUGGAGGAGUGCCCUACCGUCAGAGUUAUUCCCUUUAAGAAUGAAGAAAUGCUUUGUACUAUUGCAGUGGUAGAUCCCGAUGUUCCGGAUCCAAAGAAGGACAGGUUUAGGUACCGGUGCCAUUGGAUUGUUUCCAACAUCCCCAUAUCCCCAAUGCAAACCACCGCUGUUGGAUAUUCGGCCAAACCUGCGGACACACUUGUUCCAUAUCUCCCGCCCCAUGCCCAGAAAGGAGCUCCAUAUCACCGCUACGCCAUGAUAGUUUUCAAGCAGCCCGAAAAGAUUGAUGCAGCGGCUCUAGAAGGGAAUAUUGAUAGAGACGACUUCACUAUGAGAGGCUUUCAGAGCAAAAACAAACUAUGUUCCAUUGGAGCAUUCAUGUGGCGUGUAGAGUGGGAUAGCCACACCAAGGAAAUUAUGCAGAAACAUAACUUGCCCGGUUGGGAUAUUAUGUAUAAACGGAGUAAGGAUGUGGUACCAUCAUAG